CUCUUGAGACAGUCAAAUUCAGUAUUUAGCAGGCUUUUGUUUUAAACCCACAGUCCAUUGAGAACUGAAAAGGAAUCAUGCUUGGUUAAAUGUGGGAAAAUUUAGUAAUGCCUGGUUAAAAGCUUUACAGCUGGAUUAAUGAGUAACCUACACUUUAAUCAUGCUGCUACUGCUCUCCCACUGUGUUAUAACUUCUUCUUUGCUACUAUAAAGUUCUCCACGCUGUUUAACUUAGUCACUUACAGCCUGAAAAUGCCAGUGUCCUCGGGUGAUCUGCUGUUACUUAUGCUUGGGACAGUGUAUCUUAGAGAAGGAAGCUCUGCACCAGUGUCUAAUCAGCAAGAUUCCAAGUGUGGGCAGAAAGUGGAAGCAAAUUCAUGGCAUCUUUAUAGCUAUCUCUCUCGGAUUGUUGGCGGGACCCAGGUGCAACAAGGUUCUCACCCAUGGCAGGUUUCCUUGAAACGAAAUAAUCGUCAUUUCUGUGGAGGAACCCUUGUUUCCUCUCAGUGGAUAAUCACAGCUGCUCACUGCGUUGUAAGCAGAUACCUGCUUGGUUCCCUGACCGUAACUGCUGGAGAGCAUGAUUUGCGCCAUAAAGAGGAGGAAGAGCAAACCCUACAUGUAAAAUCUAUCACCAGACACCCAAAAUUUAAUGUGAAGAAACCAAUGGAUUAUGACAUUGCCCUUCUGAGAAUGAACGGUCACUUUAAAUAUGGUUCAACAGUUGGGCCAGUAUGUCUUCCUGAACCCAAUGAAACAUUCGAUCCAGGAUAUAUAUGUGUCACUUCUGGCUGGGGUCGCCUAAGAGAAAAUGGUAUCCUCCCUGAAGUCCUGCAUGAAGUGGAGUUGCCCAUCCUAGACCACAGUGAAUGUUCUAGAGCAUUGUCAACUUUAAAGAAACCUGUUCGGGGUGACACUCUAAUGUGUGCUGGGUUUCCAGAUGGUGGAAAGGAUGCCUGCCAGGGUGACUCUGGGGGAUCUCUGGUGUGCAUGCGUGAACAUGGUUCUUGGACCCUGGUUGGGGUGACCUCAUGGGGCUAUGGGUGUGCUCGCGGCUGGAUGCAAAACCUAAAAAAAAAGUAUAACAGAAGAGGAACACCAGGAGUUUUUACAGACCUUACCAAGGUGCUCCCUUGGAUUCAGCAACAUAUCGACACCGAUAUCAGAAUGAAAAGCUCUACAGCAUCAUGCAGUGUGCAAGAUGGCAAACUCCCUGGCAAUGAAGGACAGCUUGUUUUCCCUGAUCAUCCUAAGCAUUUUUACCAGGACAACCAGUUGUGCGUUUGGACUCUGCUCGUCCCAGAAGGAAUGCAUAUACUGCUGAAUUUUACCCGCUUUGAUGUGGAAUCCGAUAUGUACUGUGACUAUGAUGCCUUGUCAGUGAUUUCUAAGGACAACAGGCUCCUUGGGAAGUUCUGUGGCAAGGAGCCCCCGUUACCGAUUUUGGUUGGUUCCAAUAGCCUAACGCUAAAAUUUGUAUCUGAUAACAAAGAACACGGAUCUGGGUUCUCUAUGAUAUACCAAACUAUUGAGCCAGAUUCUCUUCAAGACUCUGGCUGUGGAUCUAUUGCCAUACUUUUUGAGGAAGGAACAGUACAAAGCAUGCACUACCCCGAGGCUUACAAUAAUCUGGCAGAUUGUCAAUGGAUUGUUCAAGCUCCAGAAAACCACGUGGUCAAGCUCACAUAUGAACAUUUUGAACUGGAGGAAAAUGAAGACUGCACUUAUGACUCAGUGACAGUGUAUGAAAAUGUUGCAAAGGAUAAUGAAAUAGCUCGAUCCUGUGGAUUUGCUGUCCCAGCACCAGUUGUGAGUUCCUCUAGUACCAUGCUGGUCAAGUUUCAUUCAGAUGAGACAGAGACGUUUGGUGGAUUCAAAGCCAGAUUUUUGUUCAUCUCUGUUGCAGAUCUAAACAUAUCAAAUUUGAGCAGUGAAGUAAUGCUUCCAGAGGAAAUAAGUGAUGCCUCGAAUGAAACUGACAUUCCUGCUGACAUUUGUGGAGUAGCAUCCAACCAGCCCAGGUUUCUUUUCAGUCGGAUAGUUGGAGGCGAAGAAGCUGUACCACAUUCUUGGCCUUGGCAGGCAAGCAUACAAAUUUUGGGAGAAAACAUCUGCGGAGGGGCAGUUCUUACAAGCACAUGGGUGGUGACUGCUGCUCACUGUUUCAAAGGGAUGGAAAAAUACAGAGAUUUUUGGAGUGUGGUUGCUGGAGCUCAUGACAUUGGAGAACAAGAGCAUAAUAGUCAGAAAAGAUUGGUGAAACAGUACAUUCCGCAUCCAGAUUUUAACACCACAACUACAGAUUCAGACAUUGCACUGGUGGAACUCACUGAGCCUUUAGAAUUCAAUCAUUAUGUUCGUUCUGUGUGUCUGCCUGAGAAAGACGAAAAGCUUGAGGCUUCCAGGGUGUGUGUCAUUACAGGUUGGGGCAUUCAUUAUGAAGAUGGAGAACUUUCAAGAAAACUCCAUCAACUUGAAGUUCCUAUUUUGGUUUCUGAAGAAUGUCAGAAAUACUAUAUGAACCAUCCGGGUGGUCUGAACAAGCGGAUGUUCUGUGCCGGAUUUCCUACUGAAGAAGGAAAGGAUGCGUGUACAGGUGAUUCAGGAGGUCCACUGGUUUGUCCAUCAGAAGAGUCAAGCUACUACACCCUUAAUGGAAUAAUAAGCUGGGGCCAUGGUUGUGGAAGAGCUGGCUAUCCAGGAGUUUAUACGAAUGUUGCGUCUUUCACCAAUUGGAUCGGUCAGCACAUAUAUGGAACCAACUCCUCAAGCCAGGAAUGAAGAUCUUCGAUGAAUGUGAGCAUUUAAACCAACAGCUAAACCAUGUGACUUGACAGCUUUGUUCCAGAGUUCAUGGACCGCAUGUUUCAUAAUUUGAAGAAGGCGGCGGCAGCGUAGCCUUCACAUGCGUUCAAUAUAUCAGUGCAGCUUUGGACAUUUCCAUUUAGAAAUAAUGUUGCUGCAAUUCUAUGCACAGUUUACUAGGAGUAAGUCCCAUUGAACUUACUGGGAGCAUGUGAGUUUUCCCCAAUGAAAUGUUUCACGUGAAUAUUUUUUUAUAAUGUAAGGUAACAUAAAUUAUUUUUUAAAAAAUCUAUUAAUACGCAUUUUUCAAUUUAUCAUGCCAUAUGACAGUAAGAUCACUUUCAGACAUCUAGAAGAAGCACAUGUACUUUCUGUUUCUUUUCUUCAUGCUCCAGAGUCUUAGUCAAAAAAAGCAGGUUUGCAACCCCCCCCCCACAUGGAAACAUCUGUUCUGUCCUCACAUUGGGAUAUUCAUUUAUUAAUAAAGGUUUGAUUGGUGUGUGCAUGUUUCUGUGUGCAUUUAAUGAUUACUUAGGUAGAAGCACUUGAUGAAGAUUAAGGAUAAUUCAUAGAUUUAUUGUAACCUGGAAUAGUCACUACAGCCUUACAGUAAAGAUAACUUUGUUCUUU